GAUUAGGUCCGUUUACCGAAUUGUGCCCUACGAGGGAGUACUAAUUUUCCAUCAAACCUGAACUGCCUUUUGUUUCGCAUAGAUGGGUCGCAGGGGCUUCUCCGGUGGCAGAGGAGGAGGAGGAGGAGGAGGAUCCCGUCCUGCCUGCCGUUCAAAGGCAUCUCGUGAUGCAGAAGGUAAAAUUUUAAUGCAGCAAGCUGCUGCUAGCAAUGGAUUCAGGUCUACUUGGGAUCGUAUUUGGUAUGGGCCUGACAAUAGUCAUGAAGACUUAUGCAAAUCACUUGUGGAGAGCUUUGAACUGGUAAAUAUUUCUUCAACCAGAGUAACCUAACAUUGUUUUUGCGUUUUGGUAUUUUACCUACAACUUGGGUUACUUGACUUAAUCUAGGAUGGAACUUAAACCAGCUGAAAAGUUCCUUUUAUUCCUUGAUAUG